AUGCGAAGCUUCUUUUCUCAGAAACAAUUUUCGAGACUUACUGAUAAUUCAAUAUUCGAAACCAAAGUUAAAAAACUUCCACGAAGAUGUGGAAAAGCACCUUUAGACCUUCCAACAAUUCUUCAAGAUGAAAAUACUGCCAGGAUAGUCCUUUGUGCCAUGAAGGAGUGUCCAUUCCAAGAUGACCCAGGGUUGGUAAUCCAAUGGGACGAAAGAGGAUUCAAUGAUGUGCCAACUGCUCCUGGUUUUCGCAAUGGCAUACGCGGUCAAACAAAGCAAGUUCUUAUUAACCACUUUAUCACAAAUGAAAUCAUUUUUAAUUCUGAUGAUAUAGCUUUUAUAGGGAUGUGCUAUUCUUUUCCUGACAUAGUGGUCGAUCCAUGGAUUUUCACGGAUAGCUGGAUAUCCGGAUCGGACCCACUACCCAUCUAUUCACAACCGAAUGAUACAGGAGUUUUUAGGCAUACAUUGAGUCAACUUCAUAAUGUGAUUCGUUUCCUUAAGGAAAAAGUGGAUGUUCCUCAAACGGCGGAAGAUCUAAAAGCCAACAAAAUAGCGGAUAUCAAUACAAAUAAACAAUUAUAUGACUUAAUGAUUAGAAAUGAGAAAAUAAUUUAUAAUAAUAUUGAUCGAACAUUCCAAUAUAAGCCAGAAUAUGCUAUUAGAUCAAAAGAAGACUUGUUAAAUCUUUUGAAAGAAAGACAAGAAAAAGUUGGUGUUUCGCGCGGAAUGCCAUACAAAGAACUUGAUGAUUGUAUUGAUUUGACAAAUGCUAUAAUGGUUGAAAAUGAAGGAAAGAUUAUGGUCAUACGUUUAAUGAAAGAUAGUUCUCCACGAUUAUUGUAUUGGAAUGAUCAAAGAUAUAAUACUCCUAUGGAUGAAGAAUUUGUAGCUAUGUUUAAUAGUGUUAAAGUUCCAGAUGAAAGUGAUUUAAAGAAAUCACUUGAAGAUGUUGGAUUGCAAACAGUGUCUGUUCUUGAAAAUAAAGUUAGACCUGAGUUAAUAUAG